GAAACAGCUUUCUCAGUGUACAAUGAACUCCGUUUGGAGGGACUAUUUUGUGAUGCAAUCAUCAAAGUGGAGGAUGUUGAAUUUCCGGUCCACAGGAUCAUCCUAUGUAACUGUACCCCGUACUUCAGGGCUCUUUUCACCCGCUGCAGCGACCCAGACAAACAGGUCUUCAACAUACCUGGCUUGUCUCCUGAGAUGAUGGCGCUCAUCAUUGACUUUGCAUACACUGGCUCAGUUUCCAUAACGGAGGAAAAUGCAGUGGAACUUCUCAUGGCAGCUGAUAAACUCAAUGCAAUGGACAUUGUUAAACUCUGCUGUGACUUCCUCGGGGAGCAACUGUGCCCAGAGAACUGCGUUGGCAUUUGGCAGUUCACAAAAGUAUGCUUAUCACCCGAACUACGCGCCAAGGCCUACCACUACAUCAUCAAUAACUUUGAGCAGGUUAUUCUUGAGGAGGAGUUCCUGCAGCUAACUGUGGAGGAACUUGCUGAUAUCCUUGAUAGAGAGGACCUCAAUGUGCAGUUGGAGACCACUGUAUAUGAAGCGCUUAUAAAGUGGAUUAGCCAUGUACCUGCAGAACGGGAACAACACCUCACCGCUCUGUUUUCCAAGGUCCGACUGGGACUGAUGACUUUCGACAACCUAAGGGAAAAUGUGCUGUAUGGUGAGCUGGUGGGGACCAAUUCUGAGUGCCUGUCCAUGAUAAGUAAUGCCAUCGUAGACAUACAUGGUCUAGGAAGCAGACCCUCCAUGUCUGGCUUCUGUCACCCUCUUGCUCGUCCCCGCCUGCCUCAUUCUGUCCUGCUAGCCAUUGGGGGUUGGAGUGGUGGUGAUCCAACUAACGGCAUCGAGGCCUACGAUUACCGGGCUGACCGCUGGGUCAACGUAACAAACAACCUCGAGUGUCCUCGUGCUUAUCAUGGAGCCGCCUUCCUCAACGGGUACGUCUACUCCGUUGGCGGCUUCGACAGGGUGGAGCAUUUCAACAGCGUCCGUAGGUUUGACCUGACCACUCGCACCUGGAAUGAGGUGGCGCCCAUGCACUCCCGCCGCUGCUAUGUGAGCGUGACUGUGUUGAACGGGUUCAUCUAUGCCCUGGGAGGCUACGACGGGCAUGUACGACUCAGCAGUGCAGAGCGCUAUCAACCUGAAAUCAACAAGUGGAGUCUUAUUGCACCGAUGCACGAACAGAGGAGCGACGCCAGCUGCACAACACUCAACAACCGGAUUUACAUUUGCGGUGGAUUCAAUGGCAACGAGUGUCUGCAGACAGCUGAAUAUUACAACCCAGAGAGCAACCAGUGGACGAUGAUCAGUCCCAUGAACAGCCGCCGCAGCGGGAUAGGUGUCAUUGCAUAUGCGGAUCAUGUCUUUGCAGUUGGUGGCUUCAAUGGAAACAAUCGUCUGCGCACCACUGAGGCUUACAACCCACAUUCCAAUACGUGGAAGCUCGUGUCCUCUAUGCUGACCCCCCGCAGCAACUUUGGCAUUGAGGUAGUCGACAAUCGCCUCUUUGCCGUCGGGGGUUUCAACGGCUUCACCACCACUUUGAACGUCGAGUACUACGACGCUUUAACCAAUGAGUGGUUUGAGGCGUGCGACAUGGAGAUUUUCCGCAGCGCCUUGAGCUGCUGUGUGGUGUCCGGACUUUCCAACCUGACUGAGUACACCUUUCCUCGUGACUUCCUGCAACUUGCAAAUGUGCCAGAAGAAGCAAUGGAGUCAGCAGAGUCCACGUAA